CCAUUUUAAUAUGGAAGUGAUGGCCAUUGUGGAAACUGUCAUCAGCGAGUUGCUUAAUUGCCACUUUAGCCUUGUCAUGCUUAAGUCUUAGAAGACCAAAACUUCUGCCGAGUUUAGUAACAUUUCGCACUCGCUAAGAAAGUGUUUAAUAUUUAUGUUUCUUGCUGGGGCGUCUGCGUCUUGUUUACGAGUGUGGUUUACAAGAGCUUGAAUAAUUUGACAGGUGGAGACAUACAUGAAUAAUGGCGUGUUCAACGGUGCCACAGGACAUCACCGGCGAUCUGAGAGGGCACUGCAAGGAGUGCGAAUGCAGUGGUUUUCAGUGCCUUGUUGAUCUGGCCAUGACAAGGUACCUAUUGGCUGGUGCAUUCUCUGUGGACACUCGCCUGCCUCAUAUGGACCUCUCGUCAGCCUCUAUGAGGGUGCCCAAGACGGAUAUCUGGAGGAAGCUGAAUCUUGCAGUGCACCACAACAGUCUUUGGCUAGGCAAAUAUGUGGCCAGUGGUCAACAGACACCACCACUUACCCAGAAAGAGGGCCUGCGCAAUCUGUCGAAAAUUAUUCUUUGACAGUGCACCAGACAAUGAAGUUCGGCACCCAGGAAGUGCUUCCGCCCCUGUACUGACGCAAGGGGCCGAAGAAAGUUUUCGUUCAAGCACCUCGACCCAGCUACAUCAUAAGUGUGUACACUGCGACUUCUCAUCUUAUUAUUUUAGUCGUUUUCCAUCUCACAUGAAACUUGCUCAUCGUUCUGUUAAAAAGUACACCUGUGCCCUUUGUAAGGUCACUUUUGCAGCUGUUACCCGUUAUAAACAGCAUUUUGAUGAAUUUCACAUCUUGAUCGUGGCCAGUGAAGAGCAGCAUUUGCUGAGUAGCGACAGUGAAAUGGUCCACCAGGACAUGAGCAUUGAA